AUGAAGGACGAGAGUACCUGCGCCAGGAUAAUCCGACAGUUGGGGACUACAUAUCAAGGUGGAGAGAAUGAAGAUGUCAGCCCUGCCAAGGAGCUUUUGGACGCCUUAAAAAACAUACGGGUUGAGCCAAUAUACAGUGACCUGAUCAUUGUGUGUCGAGACGAUGAAUAUGCCGUGCACAAGUGCAUACUUUGCCCACGAUCGGAUUUCUUUGCCAAAGCCUGUGACAGUGGGUUCCAGGAGGCAUUCACAAAUAGGGUCGUACUACAAGAAGAGCCGCUCUUGGUUGAAGGGAUGAUCGAGUAUCUCUACCACCUGGACUAUGGGCACCGGAUGUUCAUUGAAGGACUGAAGUCCCUCUCAAAGGCCAAGGCCAAUCAAGAGCUGACCCGACAGAUAAACCUGGAGACAUUCACGCAUGCGAUUACUGAGAUCUACAACUCAACACCCGGGAGCGAUAGAGGGUUGCAGGACAUGGCAAUCAAACUGACCAUGGACAAUCUGAUACUGUUGGGAAGGAUGAGGCAGUGGUCCGAACAGGGAUCUCUACCGUUGAAACUCCCAGACGGUUUGAUGAAAACAAUUCCACAGUUUUCCUAUGACUUGGCUGUGGCGAUGAUGGACCAGAAGAUAGCCGACUGGGAAUGCCGUGGCUAUGGAAUGAACUGGGAAAAUCAUUGA